CAUUCAACCACUGGGUUUAAUGUUGCUGUGUGUUUACUACAGUAUUUAGUAUAAGGGGCCGUUUGCCUUUUACAUGCUGUGAACUCUGAGUAAGAGAACAGAGGUUUUUAGUUUUAUCUUAAAGAAGCAAUUCAGGAAUCCAACAUGCCCAAGAGAAAGCAAGGUGCUGAAGGAGAUGUGAAGGAGGAGCCUCAGAGGAGAUCCGCAAGGUUAUCGGCAAAACCUGCACCUCCGAAGCCUGAACCAAAACCUAAAAAAACAGCAAAGAAAGAGAAAGCUGUCAAUGAUAAGAAAGAGGAGAAAAAGCCUAAGGUGAAAAAGGGGAAGGAGGAGGCAGAGGCCAAUGAGGAGAACCACUCUGAAAAUGGAGAGGCCAAGACAAACGAGGUCGAAGAGACCCCUGAAGAGCCGGAAAAGGAGGAAGCGAAGUCUGAGUAGCAGCACUGCCACCUUCCUCCUCCCCUCUUACCACCCUCCCCACCCCCUCCUGUCCCAAAAUGCCCCCAAGUCUCUCAUGUGGUCUACACCUCCAUGGCAUAAUUGUUAAACAGAGGAAUAUUUUUAUCAACGAUUUUAUAAAUAUCGGUACAGGUUUUUAGCACAAAAUAAAGCUAAAUGAUGGAGGGUCUUGCAGUUCUGACGUGGUUAUAUCAAGUGUCUGCAAGAAAGAUGAACACAAUAAAAAAAGAUUCUUUUUUUAAAUGGCAUUUUGUGAUUGUUGAUA